CUUCAUACCACCCACUGGCUCCCAGGGCGACUGAUUCCAAGGGCUCCCCCAUAGGCUGCAGCCAUGAUUUCCAUCUCGGAAUGGCAGAAGUUUGGCCUGGGGAUCGUGGGCUUUGGCAUUUUCUUCAUCCUCCUUGGGAUCCUCUUAUACUUUGACCCUGUGCUCCUGGCCUUUGGAAAUAUACUGUUCCUAUGUGGCAUCUCCAUCAUUAUUGGCUUGAAAAAGACUUUUUGGUUCUUCUUCCAACGACAAAAACUGAAGGGUUCAAGCUUCUUCCUGGGGGGUAUAAUAAUCGUCCUCAUGCGAUGGCCUAUUUUGGGGAUGACCCUGGAGUUCUAUGGCUCUUUUAGCCUCUUCAGGGGUUUUUUCCCAGUUAUUUCUGGAUUCCUAGGAUCCUGUAUCCCAUUUCUCAGUUCGCUGUUCCAGAGGCAACAGGGUACCAGAUCUAUGGUCUGAUGAGGAGAGAUGAACUUGGACUGUGGUAUCUGGGGAAGACUGGACAACAUCCCCACAUGCUUUUCUUCACAGUUCUAGUCCUUCCUUGGAGCUGGUCUGGAGGGAUGGAACUGAGUGAUUGACUAGAAUUUCCAAUGGACUCAAUGUGAACUCUGGUAAAGUCUCAGGCCCAUGGAUACCCUGAGAGAAAGGAGUGGCCCAAGGCCAGAACCCAUGAAAACCAGCCUGGGAUGGCUUCAUAUCCUUGCUUUGUAUUUAUUACAGACAACAAACUUAUGGACAACAAAAAGAAAGAUUUUUAAAGUGAAUUUCCAGAUUGA